AUGUUGUUACCCAAAAACUCCGCAAUUGCGGUUCAACCUUCCAGGGAGAAGGACAUUCUCCUGUCUGGGAGCGCCUCAGGGAUCUACCUUGAGGGUUAUCCUAGCAUCCAAUACCGGGACUAUGCUUCUGUCGGGGCAAACUCCCACAAAAACGAAGUGAACGAAGAGAUCACUUUCAAUAUCUCCAUUCCAGCUCUUGGGCGUGGAAUUGCUGCAACCGUCAAGGUCUGCGCGGCGUGGGCUGUCCUACUUGUUUCGCACGGAUGCACGGCCAAACUGCACAUGUUAGCCUCCGAAUCAGAGGAAUUCAUCGACACUCUCAACUUGGCCGUCGAGUGGAGCUCAUGUGUUGGAGACCUUAUUUUCCAGGUUCAGGCUAAGCUUGAGGAUUCUUUCCAGGGUACAUACUGGGACGACAAGAGGGAGCCUAGGAGGGAGCGAGAGUCCAAAGUGACUUUCUUCCUGUCCAUUACCCCAGGCGAGCCUGACCGGGAAGAAAUUCUCCUCAAGUUUCACGCAAGAAACGGCAAGGUCUAUGUUGGGGCAGUUGGUCCUGGCACCUCCUCACGUAAGGCGUUGUUACGACACCUCUUGGACCAAUAUGAAUAUAUUGUCCGCGAGAUUUGUUCACCCGACAAUAUUGAAAAGCCUCUUGUUGACCUGAAAGCUGUCUCUAUUCAGGACCUCACGCAGAUUUGGGCUUGGAAUGCACGGGUGCCACCCAGAGUCAAUGUUUGCAUCCACGAGAUCUUCAUGGAAAGAGCUCGGCGGCAUCCUGACCUGUUGGCUAUUUCAGCGCAUGAUGGCGAACUGACAUAUCGCGAUUUGGAUUAUCUCUCAACCCGUCUAGCUAAUGCUAUCAUUCAGCAAGGCAUCCAGCCCCAUAGCAUCGUGAUGGUUCUUAUCGAGAAAUCUAUGUGGGUCCCUGUGGCGCAGAUCGCCGUCAUGAAAUGUGGAUGUGCCUCGACGGUGCUCGAUGCAUCCCUUGCAUUUCAGCGACACCAGUCCAUUGCUGGGCUGGCGCAGCCUUCAGCAAUUCUGACCUCGCCAGGUUGCGCAGAACAGGCCAGGGGAUUGGCCCUGGAAUGUCCCCAAUUCGUUCUGAGUUACGGCUCAAGUCGACACUGGCCCAACGCCGGGCUUGGUUCCCUUCCAACAGUCAACCCCUCAGCCUGGUUGUACAUUGUCUUCACAUCUGGGAGCACCGGUACCCCCAAAGGGGCUAUCAUCAGCCAUGCAAACUAUGCCAGUGCUGUUGCUAACCAGCAAAAUGUCUUGGAUAUCAGGGAGUUUGAUCGAGUCUUUGAUUUUGCAUCCUAUGCCUUUGACGCCGCUUGGUGUAAUGUGAUCCAUGCCUUGACGGUCGGAGGUUGCCUUUGUAUUCCUUCCGAUGACGAAAGAAAAGGCGACCUUGUUGGAGCGCUGCGCAAGUAUCAAGUCAACUACGCCGUCCUCACCCCCUCAGUCGCUUGGUUUCGCGCUUCUGAUCUACCUGCUAGUCUUCGGACAUUUCACUUUGGAGGAGAACCACUCAAGGCUGCCCUUGUGAAGGAACUCUCUACCCGCUCAACGGUCAUCAACGCAUAUGGACCUGCUGAGUGCUCGACCGUCAGCACGGCGGUUGUGGCGGACCCCAGCGACGACAAUGACCCAACCAUUGGAACUGGUCUCGGGACCUGUACAUGGAUUGUCAAGUCAGAUGGAAGCGACCUCGUGCCCAUUGGAGAGAUUGGAGAGCUAUGGCUCGAGGGCCCCAUUAUCGGUCAGGGGUAUCUAGGUGACCCCGAGAAGACCACCGCGACAUUUAUCGAAAAUCCACUGUGGCUGACCCGAGGCUGCCUCGAUUCCUCUAGUAUGAAGGACUCUUCCGGCCGCCAGGCAACACUUUAUCGCACCGGAGAUCUUGUUCGCUACAGACCAAAUGGAAGUUUGGAGUUUGUAGGUCGGAAGGACUCUCAGGUCAAGAUCCGGGGCCAGCGUGUUGAGCUUGGGGAGAUUGAGCACAACCUCCAAUACGCCUUGACAGCUGAAGCAAAGGCGGAAAACGUGCAGAUCAUUGCAGAGGUUAUUAAGCCGGAAGGAAGCGAAAUUCCCACGCUAGUAUCCUUUCUUUUCAUGGCGAUCAGCCCAGGAGUGUCAUCUGCAGAUGCGAAGCCUAUCCUCUUCCGAGCCUUGGAGGGUAUUGAAGACCGACUUGCCGAGCUUGUACCGCCUUACAUGAUCCCAUCAGCAUUUUUGCCUGUUGAGAAUGUGCCAAUGACACCCACGGGCAAGGUGGACCGUCGAAGUCUGCGUCUAGAAGGCCCAAAAAUGUACUGGCUGCAGCUUAAUACCAAUACACAGUCAGAGCAGGAAGAAAAUGAGUCUGAAUUGGAGGCAAAUAUUCGGACAGUCUGGAGUGAAAUUUUGAAUCUUCCCCUCUGUCAGAUCCGUCUGGAUUCCAAGUUCACACGUCUUGGUGGAGACUCUAUCACUGCUAUGCAGAUUGUUUCCCGCUGCCGUUCGCAGAACAUUUCCAUAAGAGUCGCCGAUAUUCUGAAGCUGCAGACCGUCAGGCAGGUGGCUCAAUCAUGCAAGCCCGUCCAAGAGAAAGUGACAUGGCACGGCACGGAAAAGGAAGGCAUCGCUUGGACUUUGACGCCGAUCCAACAGAUCUUCUUUGACAAUAACCCCCAGGGCAUGAACCAUUACACACUCAGCUAUAUUGUCAAGCUGAUGAGGCCUACAAAAGACCAGGAGCUCCUUGCCGCACUUCUGGCUAUCACAACUCGUCAUAGCUCGCUUCGUGCCCGCUUCCGUAAGCGCACGGAUGAAUCGACCUGGGAGCAGUACGUUGCGCCGGCAGGGUCCAACUCUUUCCUCUUCAAAUCGCACGAUUUCGUGGAUGGCCCAACCAUGCAACUCGUAGUUGACGAGCGACAAGCGGGCAUGGACCUUGUCAAUGGCCCUACUUUUGCUGUCGAUGUUUUCAAUAGCUCAAAUGAGCCACAGACACUUCUCAUGAGCGCGCACCAUGCCGUGAUGGACCUUGUGUCUUGGCGGAUCGUUUGGCAUGAGCUAAGCCAAUAUUUAUCGGGGGCCACGUCUCUACCGCCAAUCGAACUCUCGUUCCAAAAGUGGUGUGAGAUGCAGUGCGAGGAAGGCGAGAAACUCGAUCCAGCAAAGGUCCUUCCUUUCACAAUUACUCCCGCAAACUUUGAGUACUGGGGCGUGGCACCUGGAGAGUUGUUUUUCAGGGAGUCAACUUCACAUGUGUCUAUUAUUGAUGCGAAGACAACCGCGCUGCUUCUUGGCGCGAGCAACGACAGUUUCCGAAGCGAGAUCCUGGAUAUUCUCAUAGGAGCACUGGUUUUCUGCUUUUCCCAGGUGUUUCCUGAUCGGAGCCCACCUCCUGUGUUCCUCGAAGGUCACGGUCGCGAGCCCGUGGCCGGCAUGAAUGACUUUGACUUAUCUGAGGUCAUCGGCUGGUUUACUUCAAUCCAUCCUAUCGAGCUACGCACUGGGCCGGACAGCUCUGUCUUUGACUUUAUAAAACUUGCUAAAGACAUCCGCAGGCGAGUGCCCGGUAAAGGAAGGCCGUACUUUGCCUCUCGUUUCUACAGUGCAGCUGGAAGGAAGGCAUUUGGGCCGCACAAGCAUGUUGAGCUGAUCUUCAACUACCGAGGCUCGUUUCAGCAACUCGAGGAUGCCAAGUCGAUAUUCAAGCUCGAGGAUAGGAUUGAUCGCAACAUGGUCAUUCCUGGCGAUGGGUCCGAAUAUCAACGCCCGUCUCUGAUCGACAUGAAUCUUGUCAUCCAAGAGGGUCAGUUGCAGAUCUGGACGAGAUCCCACAGACAUAUGCGAGACCACGAACUGGUCACCCGCUGGGUGGACCUGUACGCAAAUACUCUUGGCAGUGUUGCGCAAGAGCUUGCUGGUAUGCCAGCCCGCUAUACACUUGCUGAUUUUCCGCUGCUCGACAUCUCCUAUGCUGGUCUGGAUACGCUCGUGGCGGAGCAGCUAAUGAGUGAGGGCAUUAAAGAGACCGAUGUGCGAGACAUAUAUCCGUGUACACCGAUGCAGGAGGGAAUGCUCAUCAGCUCAAGCAUUGGAGCCGCCUCCUAUAACAGCGCCUGCGUCUGGCAGGCAGUGUCAAAAAACUCGAUUGUAUCAGUGCCUCGUCUGAGAGCGGCGUGGGAAACCGUCUCGCGAAUGCAUCCGGUUUUCUCGACAAUUCUGUCAACGCAUCCCGAAACCGGUCGUUUUAUUCAGGUUGUCUUGAACGAUCCCAAUGAGACCAUCCUCUGUCAGGCUGCAAAUACCGAAACUGCCGUGGAGCAUCUGCAGCAGAUGCAAGUUGUUAAAUCCCUACCUUCGCAGCCAGAAUGCUUCUUCACAAUCUGCAGCGGCCAGGACGGCGAUAUUGCGUGUCGGCUUGACAUUACGCACGCACUUAUGGAUGCAUUAUCGUUGCCAAUCAUAGUGCGAGAUAUUCAGAAGGCGUAUUUCGGACAAGCAUUGUCAUUGACAGCGUCUUUGCGCGACUACAUUGAGUAUUUUCAAGGCACAUCAGCCAUAUGUCGCCUUUCAUACUGGAGAGAGUACCUCGCUGGUGUCAAGCCCUGUGUUCUGCCAAGUGAUAUGAAACCAAGUGGUUUGGAGUCUCGGCGCAGCGGUCUUUAUGGCUGGCUCACCCUCCCCACUGCCCUCACGGCACCUAUCGCUGGUAUAUGUCGCCAGAAGGGAUUGACUCGCUCCGCUUUUCUUCAUCUGGCCUGGUCCCUCGUACUUUCGCAUUUGACAGGGAUGAGGGAGGUCUGUUUCGGCUAUAUCUCUUCUGGCCGUGACACUCAGGUUGAUGGGAUUGAGAAUAUCGUCGGGCCCUUGAUCAAUAUGCUGAUCUCACGCAUUGAUACGGACCGGCCUAUUUCCGAUGUGGUGACAACCAUCGACAGGUAUCAUGUUGAGCAUCUGGAGAACCAGUAUGUUUCGCUAGCAGAAGUUCAGCAUGAGGUCUCCACAGAUCGCCUUUUUAACACAAACAUCACGGUUCGUGAAACUCGCGGGCGGUGUGGAGCGGUUGAUGAAAGCAUGCACCUCGUGGAGGUAUCAGAGGAAGAUCAGCAUGAGUAUGACAUGGUUCUGGCUGCCACCCUCAAUAAGGGUGAUACCGAAGUCAGCAUCCAAUAUCGAACAGACUUUGUGAGCUUGGCCAAUGCCCAGGUAAUUCAAGCCACUUUACAGAGUGCCAUCGAAUAUCUCGGUUCCGUUUGGCAACAGGAUAUCUCUGCCGCCGUCUGCGAAGAUUCGCUUUACAAUGCUUAUUUCUAUCACAUGGUUGGCACUGAUGAGACGUCCGCUCUCCAGCAGUGGAAAGCCCACUUCAGUGGCAUUGACGCUAGCUGUCACUUCCCUUCCCCUCCCAAAUCGCCUCAUAGGCCAGGUCUGGGCGCCUCAGUUUCCAGUACGAUUGAGAACGUGCAAUGGCGAAAUGAUUGCAAUAUCGCCACCCAGAUCCUCGCAUCAUGGGCCCUUUUGCAAUCUUCUUACGGAUACUCUGGCGACGCCGUGAUUGGCGCCUCUUCAUUAGGCACCGAGUACGGAGUAAUUAGCAGCGGGAUUCCUGUGCCGAUGCCGAUGCGGAUCAAAGUUGAUCUUAACCAGAGCGUCGUUUCGUACAUUGACUCGGUACAGUCAAUAAUACAAAGCUGGUCUAAAUUGCCGCAGCUCGCUAUGCACCGCUUGCGCGGUCUCAGUGCGGAGUCAGGGCUUGCCUGUGGCUUUCAGACCGUGGUCAGAAUGGAGAGUGCUGCAGCCCAAGCGGAUGGUCAAAUUCCAAUAGCCACUUCCAGUGCAGUUCCCGCCCUCUCCGUGCGCUUCACUGUCGAAGAUACAGGACUUGGAUUAACUGCAGAGUAUGACCAGGAUGCCAUAAGUACUGAGAGAGUAACUGCGCUCUUCUCACAGCUUGAUGGGGUGUUACGCCAAAUUACCUCACUCGUCAAUUCCUCGUCACCUCUCACUGAAAUCGAUACCAUCAGCAAGGAAGAACUUAGUGUCAUCUCUGGUUGGAAUAAGACAUCCUACGAGAAUGUUCAGGGUCUCGUCCACGAGCUGAUUUCUCGGACAGUAUUAGCAAUGCCAGAGUCGCCUGCUAUAUCCUCCUGGGAUGGAGACCUUACUUACCGCCAACUUGACCAGCUUUCCACGCGCCUGGCCCACCAAUUGGUUCACAUUGGAGUAGGGCCCGAAGUCAUUGUACCCCUCUACUUUGAGAAGUCUAUGUGGAUGCCAGUUUCCGCGGUAGCUGUCAUGAAAGCGGGUGGCGCUGGCGUGAUGAUAGACUGUACGCAGCCUAUCGAGAGAGCCUCUGCUAUUGUUCGCCAGGUGGAUGCAAAAGUGGCACUUGUGUCAAAAGAUAACGCCGAGAGAGCUACCCAAUUUGAAGGGUUACAGCUCCUAGUUGUUGAUAAGAUUUUUGUGGAUGCUUUGGACGAUUUGGAGAAAGGGAUCUCUCUCCCGCAAGCCGUUCACCCGUCAAACUUGGUUUACGUUUCCUUUACGUCUGGUAGUACAGGCAAGCCAAAAGGUGCCAUGAUCACACAUUCUUGCUUUUCAUCUGCGAUCCAGCAUCAACAACGAGCCCAUGGCUUCCGGGCCGGUCAGAGGGUUUAUGACUUUGCCUCGUACGCUUUCGACGUCAGCUGGUCUAACUUGCUGCACUCCCUUACAUCGGGCAGCUGUUUGUGCAUUCCAUCAGAGUACGAGCGAAGCAAUAUGCUUUUAGACUCCAUCAGAGAUCACAAAGCCACUCUGAUAAACGCGACUCCUUCCAUUCUGCGCCACCUAGACCCGAAGCAGCUCCCAGACCUGGAGCAGAUUUUGAUGGGUGGAGAGGCUUGGUCCGAAGCUGAUUUUGGUGACUGGAUCGAUCACAAAAGGCUGAUGAACAGCUACGGCCCCGGUGAAUCUACCGUAAAGGCUUGUAUCAACCGCGCUGUCCGGGGCAUGGUCCCCAAUACCAUCGGGUUUGGAAUAGGUCUCAAUACAUGGAUCGUGAGGAAUGAUAGCUCCGGAAGACUUGCACCCUUGGGUUCUGUCGGCGAGCUUUGGCUUGAGGGCCCACAACUGGCCCGUGGUUAUAUUGGAGACGACGCAAGGACCGCUGCUUCGUUUGUGACGAGACCCAAAUGGACAGACAGCAGUGGACAGGCAUGCCGGUUUUAUCGUACUGGCGAUCUGGUUCGUUACGAGCCCGGCGGGGCUUUGGUUUUUGUCGGGCGCAAGGACUCACAGGUCAAGAUCCGCGGUCAACGGACCGAACUCGGUGAGGUCGAGUGCAACAUCCAAAAAGUGCUCCUCGCGGAUGACGUCCGAGCUCAAGUCAUUUGCGACGCCUUUAAGCCCCACAAAAGCAACAAUCCGAUUCUCGUCGCCUUCUUGAGAAUGGAGGAAACGGAUCCCUGGCACAAGCUCGCUGGUCUGGACGAACGGCUCGCAAAACUGGUACCUGACUACAUGGUCCCAACCGCCUACAUCGCGCUGCAGGAGUUUCCAAUGACGACAACAGGUAAGAUCAACCGCAGAUCUCUGCAUGAGACGUACGCAAGAAAUACGCUGGAGCAGCUUGUGGCACUAGAUGCAUUCUGCGUCUCUGGCCAUCGCGCUCCGAGUACCGCAUCCGAGAAGGUCCUCCGGGAUCUUUGGGCCGAGGUUCUAAACAUAGAGCCAGCGACAAUAUCGGCUGAGGAUAGCUUUCUCCGGAUCGGGGGCGAUUCUCUGGGGGCUAUGCGUCUUGUGAGCGCUGCGCGGAAACGCGGUCUUGUACUCAACUUCGCAGAUAUCUUCAAGCAGCGGAAGCUCAACCUCCUUGCCCAGAUCAUCGACAAGCAAAGACCGGUUUUGCACGUGCCAGGUCCCACUGUGAAGGCUUUCUCGCUGUUGGAUGGGAAGAUCUCCCCACAAGAAGCGAAGAAUCAAGCUGCACAACUUUGCCAUCUUGAGCCCGCGGACAUUGAAGACGUUUUUCCUUGCACACCUUUACAGGCUGGGCUCCUGGCCGAAACUGCCAGACGCCCAAACGACAAUGUCUUGACAGAGACGCGGCUGUUGAAAGAAAAUGUCGAUAUUCGUCGCCUGCGAACCGCAUGGCAGCAGGUUAUCCGAGCCAACCCUAUUCUCCGAACCCGAAUAGUUGAUAUCCGUCAAUACGGCCUGGUUCAGGUCGUUGUUCGCUAUGAAUCCUGCGGGAUCCAGGAAGAUGGUGUGACAUCAGCGCUGGACUUCGGCCUUGGUACGCCUUUGGUCUUCUAUCGGUUUUCAGGGUUGUGCUUCACAUGGAGAAUCCAUCACUCUCUCUACGAUGGAUGGUCUAUCCCCAUCAUUUUUGACUCCUUGACUAGCGCAUACCAAUCGGAAGCCAUCAAGGUUUCCCCUCCCUUCCAAGGCUUCAUUAAGUAUAUGAAAGACUGUACUCAAACGGAAGCGGCAACAGAUUUCUGGAAAGACCAGUUCAGCGAUUUCGACGCCGACAAGUUUCCCGUCCUUCCUUCGCCGACCUACAAGCCAAAAUGUGAUAAGCGCUUGCAGCUCGACAUCAAGGACCUAGCUUCGCAUGGCGAUUACACACCAUCAACAAAAAUCAGACUUGCCUGGGCCAUCCUACUGUCUACAAUCUCGAACUCAGCAGAUGCUUCAUUUGGUGCCACUGUAGCCGGCAGACAGGCAAACGUCCCUGGCAUUGAGGAUAUGACGGGACCGACGAUUGCAACGGUCCCUUUGCGAGUGGCGAUUGAUCGUAAAAAGACCGUGAGAGAGCUGCUUCAGCAAGUGCAAUUACAAGCCGCAGAGAUGAUGCCCUUUGAACAAGUCGGCAUCCAGCAGAUACGGCGCAUCAGCCCAAAUUGCAAUCUUGGAUGCCAGUUCCAAUCGCUCAUGGUUAUUCAGCCCGAACCUAGGCAUCAGGACACGAACAACACCCUAUUCGAAUCCUGUCCUGUGGAAACUGAAGCUGUCGAUGUUGACCCUUUCAAGCUGUAUGCCAUCUGCCUGGAGGUUGUCCUGGAGCCGAACAACAUCCGUUUCUGUGCCAAUUACGACUCUAAUGUCGUCCCUCCAACGCAGUUCGGUCGCCUGGCGGACAGAUUUGAGAAUAUCCUGAGGCAGGUUUCCUUGCCCGAAGUCCAGGCCAAGCCAGUUUCUCUGCUCAAUACGAGCAGCCUAGGAGAUUUAGAGAAAAUCUGGAGCUGGAACGAUACCAUUCUGGAGAGAUCUGAGCAAACUGUCCACGAGAUUUUCCAACAAGUCGCCUCAAAGCAGCCCGCAGCUCCCGCCGUGUGCUCAUGGGACGGUGAUUUUACUUACGGGCAGUUAGAUGAAAUUUCCACCCGAAUUGCCCACGAACUCCUCCGGGCUGGUCUUCCUCAGAGUGGCCAGCGCAUUGUCCCCCUGCUGUUCGAUAAGUCGAAAUGGACAUCGGUCUGUAGCAUCGCAGUCAUGAAGGCCAACGGCACUUCGCUUGCCCUCGAUGCCACUCUUCCCAAGGGCCGUCUGCAGAUAAUGGUUGACCUUGCUGGGCCGCAGAUCAUCCUCACGUCCGCUGCACAGGAAUCUCGAGCACGAGAAUUGGCUCCUUCGACAGCCCAGGUCAUAGUCGUGGAUGACAUUCAGGCACACAAUAUCAGGCUCCCUGACAAUCCGCAUCUACCCGCCGUGGACCCGGAUACUUGGCUCUACGUGGUCUUCACAUCUGGUUCGACAGGUAUCCCCAAGGGCGCAAUCAUCAGCCAUUCAAACUUUGCCAGUGCGCUGAAGUACGGCCAAAUGGCGCUCAAGUUUGGUCCUCACUCACGAACAUACGACUUUGUGUCUUAUGCUUUCGAUGUCUCCUGGCUCAACGUGCUUUAUACACUUUGCGCAGGCGGAUGUCUCUGCGUACCGUCUCAAUAUGAGAUACAAAAUGAAGCCAAGGCAGCAAUUGCUCGGAGACGCGCGAACACCGCAUUCAUCACCCCAACUGUUGGCAAAUUGCUGCAUGGAGCAGACCUCCAAGUAAUCAACUAUGGUGGUGAAAACUUACCCCGCGACGAAAUCACGUAUUGGAAAGAUCGCGCCCAAAUCAUCCACUCAUACGGUCCAUCUGAAUGCACACCGAUUUCGAUUUCUCACGUUCUCGAUCCCAUGCGCAGCCGUAUAAUUAUCGGCAAGGGGCUUGGAGUACGAACAUGGAUUGUUGACCCAAAUCACAGCAACUCGCUCGCGGCUGUUGGCGAUAUUGGCGAGCUUUGGCUCGAAGGGCCUCUUGUCGGUCAGGGAUAUGUUAAUAACCCAGAGAAAUCAAAGGCAUCAUUCCUGGACGAUCCCGCAUGGCUUAUCCAAGGCGGCCCCGGCUGUUCCGGUCGCCAUGGACGAACGUACCGUACAGGAGAUCUGGUGCGCUACGAAGAAGAUGGUAGCCUGGAAUUCAUUGGACGCAAGGAUGCCCAGAUCAAGAUUCGCGGACAGCGGGUGGAGCUUGAGGAGAUCGGGCACCAUAUUCUUACUGCUAUCGGCGAGGCUACAGUAUCCCAGGUAGUGGUGGAUAUCAUCAAAAUAGCCGACUCUACUGAAUCUGUCUUGGUCGCCUUCGUCGAGCUCUCGCAAAGCAACAUUGUGCCUGGAACUCAGGAAGCGCGAGCUUACUUGCAGCAACUUGCUAGCACUACCAGAGAUCGCCUGUCAGCCACAAUACCAAGCUACAUGAUCCCCAAUGCCUAUAUGAUCGUUGACAGCAUUCCAAAUACAACAUCUGGAAAGAUCGACCGCGGCAGCCUCCGCAGAGAUGCAUUUUCAAUGCAAAAGGGGGAUCUUUUCCAGAUAGAUAUCAUUGAGAGACGUGCACCAGAAACAGUAGAGGAGAGAAACCUCCAUGCUCUUGUUGCGCAGAUACUCUCUUGGGAUGGGGACGCCUUUGGGAUGAACAACAACUUCAUUCAGCUUGGCGGUGACUCUAUCAGUGCUAUGAGACUUGCUUCGCUCGCCCGCGACAAAGGGAUUCCUCUGGCCGUCGCAGAUAUCCUUACUAAAGAGCGGAUCGGCGAUCUUCUUGUGACAGAGCAACAGGCUGGUCUCAAGUAUGAAAGCAGGUUGUCGCGCUUCGCCCUGCUGGAUGUUCCAGACCCGACCGCUUUUUCCGAAGACGAAAUUAUGCCGCAAGUUCAGUCCGGCCAUGGAAGGUUGGUUGAUAUACUACCGGCAACUGGCAUGCAAUCUACCUAUCUCAGAGACAACCUUCAUCAACCCCGGCGAUCUUGGUUCUACAGUUACAUUGACUUCAACCACAUUCGGAAUGAGGAUCUCCUCAUACAGAGCUGUGAGCAGCUCGUUGGGCACUGCGACAUCUAUAGGACAGCUUUUGUUUGUUCCAGCAAUACCUUCUACCAGGUUGUCUUUGAUUCCUGGAAGCCCACCAUAGACAUUGUUGAUGGCGGUGAAUGUAUUGAAGAUGCAUUCGACAAACUUCUGCAAGAAGAUGUGAAGAUGCCGGCGUCCCUGGGAGCUCCCUUGGUGCAGUUCAUCCUCAUUCGCGGGCAAAGCGCAAAAGCGAAACUCGUAUUCAGCAUGUCGCAUGCAGUCUACGACGCGAUCAGCUUUGGCCAAACCCUCCAGACUUUGUCUGACAUCUACAAUGGCUUAACCCCGGAGUUGAAUGACUUCCGACGUUACGUUAGCCACAUCCAAACGUCUAAGGCCGACAGCUACUCCCACUGGCGCCAGACACUUUACAAAUCCACUAUGACCAUGAUCCCCUGCAAUUCGAUUGGUUCUACGCAAGAUGGCGUCCCUACCGUGCUUGACCACUCCAUUCCUAUGCCUAAGCCGCCCUUUGGCAUUACGCAGGCCUCUCUCUUCACUCUCGCCUGCGCCUCUGCCCUUGGCCGCCUUACCGGAUCCACGGACGUUGUCUUCGGCCGCGUCGUCUCCGGACGUGCGGCCGUUCCCGGUUCUCUGCAGAAGGUCGUCGGCCCUUGCCUCAAUCGUGUGCCGGUGCGCGUACAGUUCACCUCCGGCCAGACCAAAACUGAGCGGCUCGCAGUGCUUCAGAAGCAGCAGGCGGAAAGUAUUGCUCAUGAAACGAUCGGCCUGUCGGACAUUGUCCAACACUGCACUGACUGGCCCUCAGACACAAAGGAUUUUGGCUGUUGGGUCCAAUAUCAAAAUGUUGACGAAAAGCCCGUCCUUAACCUGCCUGGGGCUGUAAACGGACUGGGAAGCAAGCAGAUGUGGGGAAUCCCUGUCGCUGCCGACUUCCUUGAGAUCUUUGCCAUCCCAAGCCAGGAUACCCUCACUGUGCGGGUUAUCGGAGGUCCUGGAUAUACAAAUAGUGUGAAGGCUGAAUUGCUUGAUGGGGUUUGCUCAGAAUUGACAGAUUCAAUGUGA